AUGGAAUCUCACAAAGAUCAUGACAGAACCGCGCUCAGCGCCGAAAGCGAACUGACACGAUGCCUCGCCCAGAAGGAGCCGACAUUUGCUGAGAUCUCACACUUCCUCUCAGAGUACGUCAACGCCGCACUGUCCCUCAGCUCACGGCCAGAUCCCGCUAACACAACGUCUUACUUUGACAGAUUUCGCUCCAUAUGCCAGGAUGCCAUUCUGCUCGACUUCGAUACCGCCCGCGACACGGAUGUGGAGGGUCGCCUGUGGGACGCGCACCUGAAAGUGAACAAUCGGUUUCGCAAGUUGCUUUCUCGCUAUCGCGAUGAGAACGCAAAGAAGAAGCCGGUCGAAAAGCGCAAGCUUGAGAAGCAUUACUUGGAUUUCAUCAAGUCCAGCCAACGGUUCUAUCGUGGCUACAUCCAACACAUCUCGUCGCAUUUUGGAGGCAUUGUGGAACUGGAGAAAGUCGCGCGCAAGUUCAACUUUGAGAGUACGAAUACCCUAAUUGAAUUUAAUGGGCUGCCGGUUCUCCGGCGCCCUGUGAAUAACACCGAUACUAAUCACCAACCCCUUCCAGACCUGUCUGCGCAACCUCCGAUUCCCACAACUCCCGACCUACGGAAACGAAUCCUCCAAUCCUGCCACGCUACCCUGAUCAGGCUGGGUGACCUCUCUCGUUAUCGAGAGACCGAACUCGUGAACAAGGAUCGUAAAUGGGGACCCGCGAUUGGAUACUAUGACCUCGCAUCCGUGAUUUAUCCCGCCUCCGGAACGUCGCAUAACCAGCUGGCCGUUAUUGCUCUCGCCGAUGGCAACCAUUUCCGGGCCACCUAUCAUUUGUACCGAGCUUUGUCUACCCAGAAAUCCCACCCCUCGGCCAAAGGGAACCUGGAAAUUGAGUUCAAGAAGGUGAUGAGCCUAUGGGCCAAACGAGAGCUGAUCCGUCCUGAGGAUGCUGGAAUUCCCGGUAGAGCUCUCGCUCCAUGGUUCGUAUAUCUUCACGCCCAGUGCUACAGAGGCAAUGAUUUCCCAGAACACGACGAGUUGGAGAGCGAGGUCAUGAGCCAACUCGCAGUCGAAAUCAGGGAAAGACCUCUUGAGGGAAUGCUGCAGAAAUUCUGCCUGGUUAACAUUGCCGCCGAGGAUUUUGCCAGAGCACGAUCAAAUGAGGAGCCAGUAUCCAAUGCGCGCUUGUUCUUUCAGCGAAUCAACGUCAAAACAUUCUUUACUCUACUGCAGAUCCUUCUUGUUGAGCUCGAGCGAUUCGCGGCCGAGGAUUCGAGCGCAAGCAGCAACGGCAAAGAUGUUGCCAAAAAUGGCCCGGAUAAGCUCACUGUUGUUGCCCGUCGAAUUCUUCCAGCAUUGAGGCACUAUAGCUCUUGGCUUCUAGUGACCAACGAGUUCCUCGUUGCGCAAAAGGAAGAGAAGGACUCUGCCCUGUCUAUUCAGAUCCAAGAGUUCUGGAAGAUUUAUGCAGGAACUCUGACACUUCUUACAUCUACAUUUGAUGUUGCACAGCUCCCGGAGAUUGACUAUCUCCUCGAAGAUGACGAAGAGAGUCUUGGUUUUUUGCCUCUUGAUCAGUCCUCCACAUCUCGCCGAUACAUCGGCAUCAAUGGACAGCUCAAACCCCGAAUGAACGAUCCAGGUAUUGAGAGAAGCCACCCGAACAUGGAAAUGAUGUACAGAAUCCGCGAGUUUGUUAUCGACGGCCUUGAUCUGGUAGUGGGCAACAAAAUUCCAGUUGCGCUUAUCGAUGACGAAGACAAGAAGACCUUCCUCUACCGAGAAGAUGGGUUGCCGUCCCAGUUUUUCUCGAGUCCACAUGGCCACGAGCAGACAUUGCCGACCCCAAAUGUUGAACGGGAGGAUAUCCCUCCGCCUCCAGCAGCUCAAGACGCCAACUCCGCCGCGGAGGGUCGCAGCAUGUUUGGUGGCUCUCAGGCUGCAUCAGCAUCCAUGUCGGCGAACAUGAACCGUAUUGUGGAAGGCGUGGAGCGACUGGUAGAAUCUGAUACAUACGAAAAUGCGCCCAACGUUCCAGGCCCAUAUGCCUUUCUUAACGAGCCUCAAGAUAUCGACACACCUCCGGCGCAUAUGGGCUCCACAAUGAACGGAUUUCCUUUCAACGAACAGACCACGCCUCAGCUUGGAACACCCAUUCCGCCUCCUGGACUUGCUCCCCCGAACCCCGGGGCAGCAGACUCCCUCCGCGCAUCAAUUUCUCAGUCGUACUCGCCGCUUGCAUCUGUCCCUGGAAUGCCCAGUAUCUGGAACACGGCAUCGCCUCCAGCUCCGCUCAGAGAGCGUACGUCUCCUCGUACGCCUCCUGGCCUAGGACAACAACCCCAGAUGCACUCGAUGGCACCCCCAAGUGCCGGUUUGCAGCGGACACCAUCUCAAGGCCAGAUCGCAAAUGACCUCCUCCAUCAAAGUAUGAUGGGUCAUAUUCAAACACCCAGUUUCUUUGAUCCGGCUGGCCCAGUCCCUUCGUCGUGGAUCCCACCAACAAACUCCUCAACAGCCCUAUCUCGGCAACCCCCAGGCACUUGGGAUGGUGAUAAUUUCAAUCACAUGGCCUAUGGCUCGUAUUCCAGCCAGCCUAUGUCGAGCGCUUUGCCAAACCAAACCUGGGCCAAUGAAGCUUUUAUCGCCAGCGGUUUUCCGGCAAGCGGAGGGCCCUUUGCCCCGGGUUUUGGCAGCCACCGCAAAUCAACCAGUCAGCUCGGAGCUAUCGGUCAGACUCCCCCAUGCGGGCAAGGAGGCUGA